AUGGGAAACCACGCCAUUGAGAGGAGCUUGUCUGAUGGCACGCCUCAGAGUUCCAAAGCCUUUUCAGGAUAUCGGUGGACGUAUCACGAUUCUCUACAAGAGGGACCUAUUCGUUCGCGAGCUGAGUCGUUUUCGGCAUCUGUGGACUGGAGCUCACUCCUACAGUACGCAGCCAGGAGGAGAAAUGGGACCAGCUGCCGGCUCCUUCGUGAUAUUGGCCUUGGCUACAACCAUAUGGUCCGAAUCAUUCAGUUUGACGAUGGUGUGCGAUGGGUGGCGCGACUGCGAAUGCCUCCUAUUAAAAGCUCAGGUGUCUUCGAAGACUCGGAUGAGUCGGUAGAGGCAGUUGAAAAGUGCGAAUACAACACCAUUUCCCUUGUGCGACAAUGGUCCAGCAUACCGAUCCCUGAAGUCCACGCUAUUGAGGCUAGAUGGGAUUGUGACGUCAAGGCACCAUUUAUGUUGAUGGACUGUCUGCCAGGGAACGUGGGAAUGGACUUGGGCAUGAAAAUACCGCCGGGAUAUAAGCCAGAAUUCCUACGCCGUCUUGCGCAGAUGCAUGUCCAGUUAGCUAUGGUACAACUCCCUAUGAUCGGAACAAUCGUUUCGAGAAACGAGGACGGCACAUAUCGGCAAGGCCCGAUUCGGGGUCUUGGUGGUCCAUUCAAUACAGCGACCGAAUUUUUCAAAGCAUGGGCGGCCAAGACCACAUUUGGCAUGACGGACGAAAACUUGCGAACAGCAUCUGGUCAAUAUGCUGACGAGAUCAUCCCAUCCGUCUUAUCCUUUCCAAAAUCCAUUAGCAACCUUGCUAGUAAACUCUCAACUCGUGAUCACGGCCCAUUUCCUCUUUGCCACGGCGACUUCGGCCACAACAAUAUCAUUGUUGACGAUGAGUAUCGUGUCCUCGGUUUGAUUGAUUGGGAGGCAUCCUUCGCUGGGCCAUGGGAGGUGUUUGCAGAUUUUCCUUUAACCCUCUCAAUGGUUCCGCCAUCGAUCGAUGUACCGUGGAAUUACAACGAACAAGGGGAUCCUGUCACCGACGAACUUAAACAUCAGCUUGCAGACCAGAAAAGUUAUGUGGCGGCUGUGAAAGAAGUCGAGGAUUGCAGUGGAACAGGCAACCUCUUAUCAGACGCGCUGAAGGAUUGCAGAAGACAGCAGCUGGUGACCGCAAUGAGGCUGUACCAGAGAGGGAAGGUUGGGUGGUAUUCUAAACUAGUUGAUGAUUUUACAUAG